CCCAUGUCGCGCCGCGACGCCGUCGCGAACGGCGCCUUCGUCGCGGAGGACGGCGAAGAGUUCGAUCUCGUCCGCGGCGCCGACUACGCGAGCGAACGCGUCGAGCUGCUGGAGGUUGACGAGGAAAUCUUGAGCGAGAUUCUUUCAAACGACGGCGUCAUCGCGUUCAAGGGCGAGCCCGACGACGUCGCCGUGGUGUGCACGCGGUCGAAGACGUAUCAGGUGACGCGCGUGGAAUCGUCGAAUCAGUGCCUGAUCGUCGGACCGGCGUUGGGGGGCGAGGAGGACGAGACGGAGGCGAUGGAGGAGGAGGAGGACGGGCCGCGGCGCGCGACGGUUCGAGCGCAGACGAGCUCGCAUUUGGAUUUGACGGAGAUCGCGCCGCGGUUGGAUCGGUUGCGAGAGAUGAUGGCGAGCGUGGCGUACGCCGGGACGGCGGAGGCGAUGGACGCGGACGAGGGCGAGGGCGAGGGCGUGGGAUUCGGGUUCGACGAGUUGAACGCGCGCGUGCAGGCGAGCGAGUUGGAGAUUUUAAAGUGCUUGCAAGAGGAAAUCGUCGCCAUCGAGAUCGAUGGGAAGUGGCGCGGCGUGGACGCGGAGUACAGGUUACAUGCGUUGGCGAUGAUGACGGCGAGCGCGUUCGGGAACGGAUGGUCGACGAGCGCGUUGCCGACGGACGCCGUCGUGGACGCGAUGGCGAGCGACGGGUUCGCGCCGGAGAUGGCGAGAAACACGCUUCACGCGUUCGCGACGAAACACGAUGUCGACGCCACGUGGGCGCUAGACGAAGAAGCCGUGUGUCGAGCGUUGGCGCAGCGCGUGCUGCGCGACGGCGCUGGAUUGAAGGCGUGGCGUCUGGUGGAAAUGAUGGACCAGUGGCGCGAAAAGCUGAGCGAGUUCAAUCUCGGGCACGUCGAGGCCAAGGAAGAGUAUCUCUCGGGCUUGGCGCUCAUCGAUCGACCCGAGCGCGCGGCGGAGGCGUUCGUGCGCACGCUCAUCGCGAGCGAUUUACCGAGGGAGCCGGGCGAUCGAUUCGCCGCGCUCUGGGCGGUGAAACCGCGAUGGACGCUGAGCGAGCUCGAUCCGUAUUUGAAAGGCCAGGCGCGGCCGGGGCAAAACAUCGAGGCGCAGUUACUGAAGUAUUGUCGCGUCACGCAGGGCAACCCGCCGACGUACUCGAAGCGUUGA